GACUAAUUUGACAACAAACACACGUCAUUAUUUGAUGGACGAAUUGAAUCCUUUCGCAAGGGUAUCUGUUAAAUCUUAGCCUCUUUACGAUAUCUAACACUAAAUCUGACACGUUUUGUUGUUUAAUAACAAAUAAACUUAAGACAUUAUAAUGCUGUCGAAAGAUGCAAGGUUCGGGAUUAUUUUCUCAUUGGGAACUGUUUACUUUAUAAGUUUUUGGCUGUUAACAGUUGGAUAUUUUGCUCCAGCCACAUUCAAUGGAAACUCUUUCAAACUUUUGACACCUGCCAUUGUAGUUGUGUAUACAAAUGCCAGUUUGCUAAUUAUAGCGAUUAUAUUUGACAUGUUUGAAUAUACGUUGUACAUGUCUUUUCUGUCCAUUUCAUUUGGCGUAUUCUAUCCAGUUGCAGCAAUACUUACUAUAGUAGCCACUUUUUUCAUGGAGAGAGCAUACAAAUGGAACACAGGGUAUUCUGCAAUUCUGUGUACAAUAGCUGGAGGUUUCAUGCUGAUAUUUUAUGUCGGACUAAUCCUGUAUGAUAGGCAAUACAUAAAAAGAAGUAUGACGGCAUCAUCCUCAAUUGUAAAGAACGCAAAACAAACCAAAGUACAAUGGGAACACAGAAGGAAUCAUGCAUCUAAACGUGGCAAUUCUUUUUACGAAACAAACAUGAAGAAAAACUGCACAAAUCCCUUUCGCAAUUGGGGUUUAAGUAGAACAUAGUAUUUACAGCUAUACAAAAUUUUGCCAGAUAAUUAUUUAUAUUGCGAAAGGUUUUGUUCUGUCAGUUGUUUCAUUAUUUAUUCUACUCCUUUGGUAUGUCCUGCUGCGAUACUUUACAGUAAACUAAACACACACUUUACAUAAUAGUUUUCCUACAACAUAUAACGGAACGCAUUUAACAUUAUUUAAGCCUUAUAUGCAUUCGAUACAAAAACAUGUACGUACACUUGUUGACGUUGAUUAAAAUGAACUAUAUCAUGUGGCUUAAGAAAUUUUUCAUGUGUUUGAAGAUCGUAUUUGUGAAGAAUGUUAGAUGAG